UAUCAACACUAGUCAAAAAGUCUCACGAAAACAAUGACAACUUUCCCAUCUCACAGAUUACCGUUUGUUAUGCUCUGUCGGAUACCGAUACGUAUAGGGGAAAAACCGUUCAAGUUUUCAGUUUGUGGUACUUUUACCGCUCCGGCUCCGCAGUGUGUUGUGUAUUGUCUGGAGAAUUGUGCAGUUUAACUGGAAGCUGCUAACUUCCAGUUCCCGAUCCGAAUCAAGGUGAGAAAGUGUUUUGUCCAUCUCCUGUCGUUUAUUUGCGCGGUGGCUUCCAUGUGCGUUGUUGUUCUUCGAAUCAUCUUUUCUCGACUAUAAGAUACUGUUUCGAGCGCGCGUUGAACUAUUUAAAUUAAUCCAAUUAGCUUUUUCGUACCAUUUAUCGGGAAUUCGGUUAUCAUUAAUGAACUGUUUAAUUAAUCGUGUUUAAUAUAUAACGCAUUUUUUUCCCUUUCAAACUUUUUCAGUUUUGUUUUAUUUUAUUGUUUCAACUUACAAGUUCAGGUGUGCCGAAACAGUCGAAUCGUUCAGAAAGAAAUAAAAUGAAAAAACGUUUUCAACGGGAAUUAAUAGUUUAAAAAAGACUUUUUUGUUUCUAUGAUUUGCAUUUCUGGCCAGAAAUGUUGGCCACAUAUGGAGGAAAACUUCUUCAAGUCACAACUAUCUGCGUGCUGCUUCCAUACACGAUACGUUGUCUAUCACAAAACCAUACCUACAUACCGUUAUCAGAAAAACGAUCGUUGAAUAAUUACAUAGCCACUUCAGUUCCUUAUACCGUUGAAAAUCAAAGCUCUCAUCCAGAUGAACUUACCACACACGAAAAGGUAGACACAGCGUUAACAAAUUCCGACGGUAAUUCGCAAGACGUGCUAGACUGCUUGAAUGAAAAUCAUUGCGUAAAUAAUAACACAUCUAAUGAACCUUCAUCCUCUGAGGGCACCUUCAGACCGUACUCGCAAGAUGAACUGAAUAAAAUUUUACAAAAAUAUCACGGCGAAAAAGAAACGAUCGAAGCGCAAGAAACGUCCAAUAAGGUAGCUAAUUAUUACAGCAUCGCUAGUUCAAAUAAUAUCGAAUCGUCGUCACCUAGCUCGACCGAUUCGCACGAUAAAUCAAAAGCUUGGAAUGUUGUUAAUUAUUCUCAAAAUUACAAUAAAAAUCCAUACGACGACAGAAUGGGUUGGGUCACUCUGGAGCCAAUAGCAUGGUCAUCUAGUCAAGUACAAAAAUGGGAGCCGAAUCAGAAACCAAUGUGGCCAUUACCACCGCAAAACAACGGCCCGUGGGGCUCAUCACCGCAAUUUGAACAACAACCGGCUUACGGUGGUUAUUCGGAACGUCCGUAUAAAAAGCCAACCUACCAGUAUCAAAAUAAUAGACCUUGGAGUGCGAACCAACAUUAUCAAAAACCAUCGUUCGGUGGUGGAGGCGGUGGCAGUUUUAGCGCUAAUCAGGAAAUAAUCACCGAUGGACAACCCGGAUAUUUUCCAGCCGAUAGGCCAUCGUCAACCGGUGGAUAUAAACCAUGGGUCGAACAAACUCAAAGCAUAAGUUAUAUCGAUAGUUCGAAUCGUCCAGCUACUCACGUCGUAUACCAAGGUAUUGGUACAGGAUCGGCACAUCCUCAUCAUAUUUCCGAAAGACCAGCGCCAGCUUCUUCGUCAUCCGCCGAAGGAGAUGGUCAUUGGGUGCUACUUUCGAGUACAAAAGGUUACUCGGUGCCUCAUAGACAACGUAGUUUUAGUAGAGCUCUCGAACCAGACGAUAAAGUCAAUAAUGUCGAUGCUAAAGAAGAGAAACCACAAAAAUCGUACAGACCUUUUUCGGCCAGACGAUCAAUUAAGCUGACUGUUCUACCAUCGGCUAAUGGUAAAACAGUAACUUCUCACAAUGGCUUGAUUGAAGUCGAAGCUGGAGAUCAAAGCGUAGAUGAAGCACGUCGCGACCAUUUUGCCAGAAUGAUGAGGUUUAAUAACACCGACGAGACAUCCUUACACAGUUCGUCACCGACUGGUAUACCCGGUAAAGUAGAAGCGGUUGCCAAACCUGCCACCAGAAGGAACGCCGUUUUAAGUGCAGUUGGUGCUGGUAUGAUACCGGCUACGAUGGCUAUGUUAUUACCAAUGCUUUUGGGUCGACGAAAAAGAAGCGUGCACGAGCCUCAUAUAAUAACUUUAAAUUUAAGAAAAUAUAAUAAGCGCGGUAUAGUAACGACCGAAGACCAAAAUAAACCAAUUAAGGAAAUAUCAAAGAAAAGAAUACUUUCAGAAGUUCAGUUUUAUUGAUGCCAUAGACUUUAGUUCACAGUGCCUUUUGUGCUUUAUAAGUGAUUUUUAAAGCAUAAAAAUAUCGUCCUCUUUUUCAUCCAAAUUUGUGUAUUAUUUAUUGCCGAAUCAAAUUGCGAAAAAUAAUUUAUUAAAUUAAGUUAGAUUUUUUUUUUGGCAAUAAUUUAAUUUAUUAAAUUAUUCUUCGACGUUUUAUUUAAAGUAAUAAUCAUGCAACUGAAUUUCUUUCGCUUGAAAAAUGUUCACAGUAGAUAAAUAAGAAUUUGAAAACAAUGUUUAUGGUUUUAUUUUUUCAAACUCGAUUACUAUUUAUUUCGUUGUUUUUUAUUUCUUAUUGCAGAAAUCAAAUUCAGCAGUAUUUAAAUAAAUUAUCACAAUUUUUAUAUGAACUGUUCCUGUUUUUAUUACUUUUUUUAAUGUAAUUUUUUUCUUUUAAAAAUCGUUACUUAUUUGAACAUGUAACUUUCAGUAUAGGUAUCUAUAUUUAUUUAUUUUCAAUUGUAAAUAUAUUUAAAUGUGUUGUUG